UUUCUAAUACUAGGAAUGGCCUACUAGUAGGACAUUCUCCCACAGAACCUAAAGGCAGCAAAGUACAUCUCCACCAUCCCUGCUGUCCCCAGAACACAGAGCCGCUACACUCCAGGUGGAAUGGACGUAUUCUCUGCUACUCCCGUUCUCAGUCCGCCAGAGCCGCGGGGAAAGCCAGGCCCGACAUGACAGCGUCUGCACGGGACAAGAAAUUCUGCCAGCAGUCGCGGGUGACGGUCCGUCCGGAGACGGUGUGGGCUGCGGGUCGCUACAUCGCGCUGGCCGCCCUGUGUAUCCUGUGCUAUAGCAACUCUCUCCACGGGGAGUUGGUGCACGACGAUGUUUGGGCUAUUGUCAACAAUCCGGACGUCCGACCUGGCUCCAGCCUCAGAAACAUCUUCAGCGACGACUUUUGGGGCAAGAGGAUGGCGGACAACACGAGCCACAAGUCUUACAGACCGCUGUGCAUCCUCACCUUCAAGUUGAACAUCGUGCUGGGUGGUAUGACGCCUCUGUAUUUCCACAUUGUCAACGUGUGUUUGCACUGCACCGUAACCUGCCUGCUGAUGCACGUAUGCCAAUGCCACGUGUUUGAAAACCGCCGCCUGGCCUUCGUCACGGCGCUCCUCUUCGCCGUGCACCCUGUCCACACCGAGGCUGUGUCUGGUAUCGUGGGCAGAGCUGAUGUCUUGGCCUGUCUGCUGUUUUUGCUGACAUUCCUCUCCUAUAUUAGGAGUGUGAGUGGGCGUGUCUCUGAGGACACGCUGGCCUUCACGGUGUCGUCAUCUUCGCUGUUCCUCAGUUUGUUGCUGGGCACCUGUGCCAUGCUGGUGAAAGAGACGGGCAUCACCGUGUUUGGAGUGUGCUUGCUCUACGACGCCCUGGUGCUUUGCCGCAAGCCUCUCAUGCAUCACGUGUCUAGUUCUACACUCAGGGAGCUCCUCCACAUCUGUAACCCCUUCAUCAAACGAGCCUGCCUUAUCACCGGCUAUGUAGUGAUCAUCGUGUCUUUCAGGCUUUGGCUGAUGGGAGGAUCCAUGCCGCUUUUUUCUGAACAAGACAAUCCCGCCUCCUUCUCACCUCACUUUCUCACCAGGUUUUUAACCUACUCAUAUUUGCUGUCCUUUAAUGCCUGGUUGCUGCUGGCCCCCAUUGUGCUGUGUUAUGACUGGCAGGUUGGCAGCAUUACCUUGGUGGAAUCGCUGGGUGAUGUGCGCAAUGUGGCCACUAUGCUGCUGGCUGUAGUGAUGAUUGCUUUAUGCCUGCACUGCAUCUUUUCACUGCAGAGGCGAGACAGUAGGGAGGUGUUGGUGGGAUUGUUGUUUCUGGUGUUUCCCUUCAUUCCUGCCAGUAACCUGUUCUUUAGGGUUGGAUUUGUCGUGGCUGAAAGGGUUCUCUACAUGCCGAGUAUGGGUUACUGUAUCCUGGUGGCUCAUGGACUUGGUCGUCUGUGUUCGUCGGUUGGCCGUUGGGGCACCGCAGUUCUCAGUGUGUCCAUGCUGCUACUGGUCCUGCUGUUCUCAUGGAAGACUGUCCAUCAGAACAAUGUGUGGCUCUCCAGGGAGGCCCUGUUCCUUUCUGGUAUCCAGACGCUGCCUCACAAUGCCAAAGUCCACUACAACUAUGCCAACUUCCUGAAAGACACCAGUCGGCACCAGGAGGCAAUUCACCACUACACCACUGCCCUCAGGUUAUACCCCCGUCAUGCCAGCGCCAUGAACAAUCUUGGCACUUUGACUCGCAGCCCAGAGGAGGCAGAGAUGUACUACAGGAAAGCACUGGAAACCAACCCUCAGCACAACCGAGCUCUGUUUAACCUGGGAAACCUCUUUAAAUCUCAGGGGAAGGAGAAAGAAGCUGAGGCUCUGCUCAAGGACUCGAUUCGCUUUGGUCCACAUUUUGCUGAUGCUUACUCCAGUUUGGCAUCACUCUAUGCUGAACAGAAACGCUUUUCUGAAGCCAAUGAAGUUUAUUUAAAAGGCAUAGAGAACUGUCCCGACAGCUCCGACCUGCAUAACAACUAUGGCGUGUUUCUGGUGGAUACGGGAGAAGGACAGCGGGCAGCCGCUCACUACCAGCAAGCUGUGCGACUCAAACCGGCACAUUACGUAGCCAUGGUAAACCUGGGCCGUCUGCUCCGAUCGUCCAAUGAGAAUAAAGAAGCUGAGUCUUGGUACAAAAGGGCACUGCAGGUGACAAGGAAGGUGGACAUUCUGACACCACUUGGAGCAUUAUACUACAACACAGGUCGCUACGAGGAGGCUUUGCAGGUGUACAGAGAAGCUGUGGCCCUGCAACCGGAGAGCACCGACAUCUGGCUGGCUCUCGCUCAGGUUUUAGCAAUGGCUGGUCGUACCAAAGAGGCAGAGAAGAUGAUGCUCGAUGUCAUAUCCAGAAAAGGCAACUGCAUAGAAUGUUACCGCCUCCUGUCUGCAAUCUACAGCAAGCGUGGCAACUACACAGAGGCUCUGGAGGCUUUGGACAAGGCCCUGCAGCAGAAGCCCAGUGACCUGACAGUGAGAGCAGAGCUAUAUUUUUCCAAAGGGAACCAGCUCAGAGAGAUGAACCAGCUGGACCGAGCCUUCGAGAGUUACAAGCUCGCUGUUGAGCUCAAACCAGACCAAUCACAGGCCUGGAUGAACAUGGGAGGAAUUCAGCACAUCAAGGGAGAUUAUGCAGCUGCCAGGAUGUACUACCAACGCGCCCUCCUUCUCACUCCUGGUUCCAAACUUCUGAAGGAAAACCUUGCCAAGCUGGACCGACUGGAGAGGAGACUGACAGGGGCUGUGUAGACUGGUGCCAGUGACACGACACAGUGGGACAAACACUUGCUCUGGAGCCCAAACACCACCCAUUAAGACUGUUGAAUAAACUUCAUCUGUUACGACGAUGGGCUGCGUGUAGGAGAGAAAAGAAGUAGGGUGAACCUGUCAGGCCUUCAGAGAGACUGGCCCCCACCUACAGGCCCAAAGCCUUUCCUGAGGGAUACAAAGAAAAGCUGGUAAGGGCUCUGUGCAAUACCAGCCUGCAUCAGCUUUUCUUCAACAUGCACAUCUAUUUUCAACAUUUGCGUUUCAUUUUCUUUAAGGCACUUAAUCAGAGAUUUUCCUGAGCCCUGUGCUCUGCCUUUGAAAAUGAUUCACAUAUUUACAUUAAUGCAAUAAAAGUGCAGAUUUAAUGAAGGGAACAAGUGGGCAGGUAUUUUCCUGACCCUAAGGUAUGAAUAAUAAAAUGAUGUAGGUUCACCUGUUUGCUUUGGGGAUCUUUCAGCUGUUUCAUGCAAACAAACCGUGUCCCAACCUGACAUAAGACACCUACACUUCACACAAAGACAUUUUUGUGAAUGAAUGCCCAUAAACGGAGGUGUAUCGAUUAUUUUUAUGCUUUUGCGUGAAUUAAUAUUGAAGACAAAUCUCAAAUCAAGACCAAGUGUAACCUAACUGUUGGAAAGCCUCAGAGCCAAACAUUUAUGUUGGUAACUUCCAGCUUCUGAAAAUUCCAAAUCCCAGCCAGCAAUGAUUUCCAUCUCCGUCAGUAUCACAGCAAACCAACUCACAUAAACUCUUGGAACGUGCUCUCAUUUGGAUUGUUGUUCUGUAUCAAUUCAAAAUGAAGCGUCUCAGCAAAGUUUUUGUUGAUUACUUAUUAUUUUAAAAUGAGUGGUAGUACAAUGUGGCUUUGGAGUUGGAAUCAAUCAGGCACAUUUAACUCUGAACAACUCUGAAAUCAGCAGAGCAGCUCUUUGCUGAAACAGUGUCUUGAUGCUCUGAUAUUGUAUCCACGGGACACAAAAGUAGUCCCAUUUCUGCUGUUACAGUUUAUGGCUCCUGCCCUCCAGCAACUGGGGACUUUCAGACUGCUAACUCUGAACUUCUCUGCAGCAGAAGGAAGUUUUGGUUUGACUGGUUCCUUGUACAUUGUUCAAUGGUAUAAGUGUAACAAUGAUAUGAUUGUAUUCUCUGAUACAUUGUGUCCAUCAUCAAAAGUCACACAGGCAGUGUUACGCUGUCUUGUUUGCAGCAUUGUCUGUCCUCAGACUUUUAACUUUACAUUUUUAGAAAAUAAAAUUUCCAAACUCUAAUUGAAAAUGAGCAAACAUCAGAUGGUGAAUAAAAAUUUAAAUGAGUUCAUUACAGACAUCAGAUUACCUCUGUCUGUGAUGUUUUUUCAGCUAAGAUAAGCAACGCACACUGCUAUCAUACUUGAGCUCCAUUCUUGGGCCUCAUGAUUAAAUCAGUAACUAUAUUAACUAAAGAAGAUUAUCUAAAGAUCUGCAAAGUAAGUGGAGUUUAUAUUUGUAUAACCCAAUGGGAAAUAAGGACAGAUUCAUUUGGAUACCACUCUGCUGGGAUAUUUAAGUGAAUAUAUGUGUAAAGCUCUCUUAAAAUGUUAUUAUUCUGGUAACAGCUGCUUCCUCUCUAGAUUACCUAAACCAUAUUUAUCUGAUCUCCACCUAUGGCAGAAGCUAGAAUAAACAGCCUGAUGUCACAAGUCUUCAGCAAGUAGAAUAAGCUAAUGUGUCGGCUCCUGUGUGAAGCUCCUACAUAUGAGUUCAUGUGCAACAUAACCUCUGAGGAAGCUGUUUGGCUGAUCGUUGUGGUUUUAUUGAUUCUGUCGAGUGAAUUUUAUUGUGGAAUGCCAAUGAGAUGAAAGUGAAGUGAUUAGUGCAGUGACUGGGUUGCACCAA